UUGUUCAAUAUAUUUUAUUUUAUUUGGGGGCCACAUCCAGCGGUGCCCAGGGCUGCCUCCUGACUCUGGACUCAGGGGUCACUCCUGCAGGCGCCAGGGACGUAUGGGAUGUCCGGGAUCGAACCCCGCAAGGUGCACGGCAGACGCCCUCCACGCUGCCCGAUCGAUCCAGCGCGGGAGCUCUGAUUGCACAUCAGCCCCCAGAGGAGCCGUCGCGGUGGAGUGCGCUGUGGACGGUCAUUCCUCCCGGGAGGCUUAAAGUCAGAUCCAGAGCAGAAGAGGGACACGCCUCUCCCUGCAGUGAUCUAUAGAAAGGAUGAGGGGGGCCAGAGAGGUGGUGCAGGGGUUGGGCACUUUGCCUCGCCUGUCGCUGACCAGGGUUCAAUCCCCAGCACUGCAUCCGGGCCUCCCUGAGCACUGCCAGGGGUUCAGAACCUAAAAUCAAAACAAAAACUCUUUUCUUGUUUGGCGAGAAAGGAUGACUUGCAUUGCAAAGCCAGUUGCUUCACUUCGAGGCUCUCCGAUUCUAAUAUUUUGUCGUGCCUCGUAUUAAUGUCAAAGAUUAUCCGUAUGGAGGUUGGCGACAGAUAAUUGAGCUACAGCAGCAGAAGCCUCUGACGAGUGAGGCCGGCUUUAUGGUUGAAACAUUUGUGAAGCAACUUGAAGGACAGGAGAGCAGCCGGCUUUGCACGCAGGAACUCUGGGUUUGCUCCCGAGCACUGUAGGGAGUGACCCAGCUCAGGGAUGACCUGCCGCCCCUUUCCCACCAGCUUUCGUAGGUACUUUUGUCUCUGUGAGGAACUGAGUCGGGAGAGAGAAAUCGGUGUUGAGCACACGGUCUGUCUUCCUCCUUUCCUAUUACUGACCGGUUGGGUCACAAUCGCUGGGAACCUUGGCCAUCGAUUGCAAGUUUCUCUCGUGACCUGGAGGAGUAUCAGUUGCCUUUAGGGGACUGAGAAAGGGCUGGGGAAACAGACUUCCUUUCACAGGGUGCCCAGCUGCUUUCCCCGUGCAGCAGUGAGCCUAUUUUUCACAGAGAAGUCAGUUGGUCCACUUCGACAUUUGCUCCAGACCUUGCCUUUCAUGUAGCGCCAGAGCAGCACAAGUGUCCAAGCCACUUGUCUCUGCAAAGAAUUCCCGCGCUCGCUGGAAUGUCUCCAUCCAGCAGGAUUUGUUAUAAAAUGUUGUGCUGCUGGGCUGAGGUAGUUGUAGAGCUUACGGAGGACUGUGGGUUAACCUCCAUUUCACCUAAUCAUGGGAGAGAUUAAAGUCUCUCCUGAUUAUAACUGGUUUAGAAGUACAGUUCCCCUUAAAAAGAUUAUUGUGGACGACGAUGACAGUAAGAUAUGGUCACUCUACGACGCAGGCCCCAGAAACAUCCGGUGCCCACUCAUAUUCCUGCCUCCAGUCAGCGGAACCGCAGAUGUGUUCUUCCGGCAGAUUCUGACGUUGACCGGAUGGGGUUACCGGGUCAUUGCUUUGCAGUAUCCAGUUUAUUGGGACCAUCUUGAAUUCUGUGAUGGAUUCAGAAAACUUUUAGACCAUUUGCAGUUGGAUAAAGUUCAUCUUUUUGGGGCAUCUUUGGGAGGCUUUUUGGCCCAGAAAUUUGCUGAAUAUACUCACAAAUCUCCCAGAGUCCAUUCCCUCAUCCUGUGCAACUCUUUCAGUGAUACCUCCAUCUUCAACCAGACCUGGACUGCGAACAGCUUUUGGCUCAUGCCAUCAUUUAUGCUUAAAAAAAUAGUUCUUGGAAACUUUUCAUCUGGCCCCGUGGACCCCAUGAUGGCUAAUGCCAUUGACUUCAUGGUGGACAGGUUGGAAAGUUUAGGUCAGAGUGAACUAGCAUCAAGACUUACCCUGAAUUGUCAGAAUUCAUACGUGGAGCCUCAUAAAAUUCGGGACAUUCCCGUCACCAUCAUGGAUGUGUUUGACCAGAGCGCGCUGUCCACGGAAGCCAAGGAGGAGAUGUACAAGCUGUACCCCAACGCACGGAGGGCGCACCUGAAGACGGGGGGCAACUUCCCGUACCUGUGCAGGAGCGCAGAGGUGAACCUGUACGUGCAGAUACACUUACUUCAAUUCCACGGAACCAAAUACGCGGCCAUCGACCCGUCGAUGGUGAGCGCCGAGGAGCUGGAGGUGCAGAAAGGCAGCCCGAGUGGCACCGAGGAGCAGUAGCCCAGGACGGGCCUGACGCGUGCCGGCGUGAUCUCGCACCCUGCGGCCUCAGGGCCCGGCCCCGACACAGAGGCUAGCAGUGUCUCAGCGACAGGCAGCAGCUCUUCCGGGUCGGGGGACCUGCCGCCUCCUGGUCUUUUUUAGCUUUUGACUCUGAAGAGGUACUGUUGGGAUUCCCGUUUUAAGAAUCGCAUCAAUUUUGCUACCAAAGUCUUCGCCACUCUGUCCUGAAGUGAAUGUGGAUGUCCCCCGUUUUCCUGUCACCGCCAUCGUUGUCAUUGUCUUCCUGUCUGGCAGUGUCACUUGCUGGCAGUGCUACACAUCGUGGCCAUGUCCAUGCGCUCCUGGCGGUACCAUCAGACUGCCAGGGCCGCCCCUGCUGUCCCAUAGGUCAGCUACUUCUCAUGUCCUGCCAAGCAAGUGCUCUCCCGGCGACUGUUGUCUCCCAACCAUUCUGCUCAUUUGGAAUAAAUACUCAGUUUCAGCA